AUGGUUAUGGGAAGAACAUUCGAGGAACACCUCUCCAAUCUGAAGGAAGUCUUCUACAGAAUUAGGAAUGCACAUCUGCAAAUAAAUCCGAAAAAGUGUUUCCUGUUCCAGAAGCGAGUUGAGUUCGUGGGGCAUGUCGUUUCUUCAGAAGGCAUCCAAACCGACGAGCGGAAAAUUCAAGCUAUUAGAGACUGGCCUAAGCCAAAGGACAAACAUGAACUUAGAAGCUUCCUUGGCUUGUGUACAUACUACCGGAGGUUUGUCGAAGGAUUUGCCAAUAUUGCAGCCCCACUUCAUAGACUGACAGAAGAUAAAACAGCAUACACUUGGAACUCGGCAUGCGACAAUACAUUCAGGAAACUUAAAGCAGCCCUUUGCUCCAUCCCGAUGCUAGUAACAUCGGAAUCGGUGCAGUUUUGUCACAAGUGCAGGAAGGAGAAGAACGUGUCAUCGAAUAUUUCAGUCGAGUUCUUUCCUAACCCGAGAGAAAUUAUUGUAUAA